GAUGAGCAGGAUCGCCCCAGGGGAGGAGCUGUAGCACCAACGCCUGAAUUGCUGCAAAUGACGCUGUGAAGGUUCCUACAGAGUACAGAGUCACGGACUCACGGCUCGAGGGUCGACAGAGACCUGGUGGCCACUGUCGUCUGACUACUUGCCCACAUAAGGGUGUGGCGCGCUGCUGGAUAGGAGAGGAGAGGAGAGAAGAGAAGAGAAGUCCAACACCGAGACAGACCCAGGAAGACCCAGGAAGACCCCCCCGCAAACCAACAGAGGCCCUCCCACAACCACUCGGCCAUGCAGAAACUUGUUGGUGCCGGGUCUGCCCGUCCUGCGCGGCUCACCUCUCUCGAACAGAGCAUCCCGCCUGUCUUGAGACCCGUUAUCCGUGCUUAUGUCUUGGGCUACGCCUCGAGUACUGCACCGAGGUUGUUGACCUUGCUUCUAACCCAUCUGAGUCGGAGAAGGAAGAAUAUCGACGACAAGCCGGUCCAUUCUUUCUUCCCGUCCCUCGUCCGAAUUCUAAGGGGAGGCCUGGAGUUGCAGCGCUUCCCUACCUUUUGCGCUGCCCUCGUCGGGGGCUCGACUUUACUGGAGAUCCCGCUGCGAAGAUUAUUCGCUCGUCUGGCAAGAGGGCUAUCGAAAGCUGCUCAACUAAGGUUCACAAGAUGGCUCUCAACGUUCAUCGCAGCGUGGUUCAGUCUGAAGCUCCUCCAAUCAAAAAAGAGCGAUGCAUUUAUAGAGGUCGUUCCAUAUAACACACCCAAUGGGAUCACGCAUAGACCUACUCGUUUCGCAGGUCGGACUAUGGACCUGACCCUCUUCGCCGUGACGAGGGCUCUCGAUGCAGUGAUAGGGGAGCUUUGGUCCCAACGUAAAGCUCGAAGGAUGGCUGCUGGGAAGUGGAAUCAGGUUGAGAAAUCUAUAUCGGCACUGACUGAUCCCACCAUAUUCGCUGCAUCCUCAGCCUUGAUAAUGUGGGCUUGGAUCUAUUCGCCCGACCGCCUUCCCCCUUCUUAUAACAAAUGGAUUAAAUCGGCCGCCGCAGUCGAUAACCGCCUCCUCGUAGCGCUCCGCCGUGCCCGGUGGGGAGAACUCAAGUACGGUCUUGAGACGGGGCAAGCGCACAUCCUGCAGGGGAUGUGCAAAGACUACGGCUGGCCCCUGGACUACGGCGAUCCCGUCAAGAGCAUCCCGUUCCCCUGCGAAAUGGUGCACAUGGGCACGGGGAAGAACUGCGAGUACCACGCCCUCUCGCGGCUCAUCCAAUCCUUCAUCUGGGCCUUCUCGACCUACCUGCCCCUGAACCUCGCCCUCACCAUCCGCAACCCCUCCAAGAAGGGCCUCCGGUACGCGCUCACGUCGUCCGCGCGCUCGUCCGCUUUCCUCGGCUCCUUCAUCGCCCUGUACUACUACGGCAUCUGUCUGGGGCGCACCCGCGUCGGGCCGCGCGUCUUCGGGACCAGCGUGUCCGCCCGCCAGCAGCUCGACUCGGGCGUCUGCGUCGCGUCCAGCUGCGCCAUCUGCGGCUGGAGCAUCCUGUUUGAGAACGAGGCCCGCCGGAAGGAUAUCGCGCUCUUCGUAGCGCCGAGGGCGCUGGCCACCUUGCUGCCGCGACGCUAUCUGUGGGAGGAUCAGUGGAGGGAGACGUUGGCGUUUGCGGUCAGCACCGCGGUCGUGUUUACUUGCGUCGCGGAACGGCCGGAGAGAGUCAGAGGCGUUUUGGGAAAGAUCCUGCAGCGGGUUUUGAAUAAUUGAUAAUCGGAGCGUGUAUCAUAUAAAAAAAGUUAUAUUGGGCUGGCUAUUUGUUAUAUGACUAUUGUACGUAUACUGCGAAAAAAAAAAG